UGUGCAGCACUAAUCCAGAAGCAGUUUAGUUACGUUUACAAGCGCGAUUUAAAAAACACAAAAAAAGUGUGAAAGGCGGACUAUUUUAUUGGAAACAAUAUUCGAAAUAUACAGCCAAGUGUAUUUCGCAAUAUAAUACAAUACUUGCGAACGGUUUUUUUUGUUGCAGUACACGUAUCCGGCAUUUAUAAAAUUUGCGGGUUCACGCUUUGCCCAGCGUGUAAAUUUUACCUGUAGUUGUGUACAAGGGACAGAGUGGAAUAAACUCGUCAGUGCCAGAGUCUGCAGCCGAAGCAGUUUAAAGUUAAAAUAUUGCGAAAUACACACGGUUUCGCAAUAAAACAUAAUCAUUAUCGUACAGAAGCGCCUGGAAGCAUUGCAUUAACCAAAUAAUGUCCGACGAAACUGGCGCACAGAAGCCGGAGACGGUGCUGGACAACAGCAGUGUUGAGGAGGCGGCGUUGGAUGAGAAAAAAACACCCAAACGCACACCCAAACGACGCUCAUUUAUUGAGCGGGCACAGCGGGAAAGCGAAGAGCUGGUACGAACGAUGGGCGGCAGCUUGGAGCUAGAGGGUGGACGUCGCACGCGAUCCAGUACUCGCGGCACACCGACACGGGCCACUGAGGCUGUUACACCGCCGCCCAGCAAGAAGGCUCGCACCUCGCCGACGACAGCCACCAAGAGCGGGGGUGCCGGGAAAGGCCGCAGUGCACGCAAACUGGACGUGGGCAGCGAUGAGCUCGACCAAGAGCCAGAGAAGGCAAAUGCAGAGGUGGUUGAGUCGGCGGUCAAGGCAAAGGCUACUCCCAAGAAAGAUAAGAAGGAGGUGAAGAAGGAUGAGAAGCCAGUUAAAGCUACUCCUAAGAAGGCAGUUCCAGCCACCAAAACAGAGCCCGAAAAGGAAGAGAAGCCUGCAGAUGCAAAAGAAACGGAUGCCAAGACAAUCGAGAGUGAGGAUCAGCCAGAUGGUGGUGCUGCCAAGCUGCCAGCUGUGCCCGAAAAGCAACAGAACCACGCUGCGGAGGAGGACAAACCAAGCAAAGAUGAGCCCGAGGUAAAGGAAAAAACGCCAGAGGAAGUGCCAAAGGCUGAAGACCCACCGAAAAGUAACGAUGACCCUGAAAAUGGUACCAGCACCGACACUCCUGCUCCGGCUGCAGCCGCGGAUCCAGCUCCCGCAGCUAUGGAAGUGGAUGAAGAGAAGCCGGAAGCAGCAGCAGCGUCAGACAAUCAAACGGAAGCCAAAAGCGCACCCGCCACUACUUCAGAGCCUGAGCCAAAAAAGCAAUCUGAACCAGCCCGGGAACCCUCACCGGAGCCCAUGGAGGUUGAUUCGAGUUCCAAGAGUAGUACAGAAACUGUUCGAUUCACACCAGCCGCCGAAAAGGUCGCAUCAAGCGCAGAAGCAACAAAAUCAAGCAAUAAUGUUGUCGAUGAAAUCGCCACUGAGGUCAAAGAGGAUGUGCCAGCCGAGCCCAAGGAGGGAAAGAAGGCAGAAAGCUCAGACGAGCCCAAAAGCACGGAAGAGCCAAAGCCAGCAGAAAGUGCCGAAGAGCCCAAGGAAGCCGUAAGGACAACGGGGGAGAAAGUCACACCAACUGCUGAGGUUCCUGCCCCUGCCACCAACGAUGUUAGCAAGCCGACGCCGGUUGUGGCUGUCGAUGCUGUCGUGUCAGAGACGCCCAUUAAGGAGGUACAGCCCAUCAGUGCAGUCAACAAAUCCGAGCUUAAUGUGAAUGGUGAACCAAAAAUCGUUAACAAUUCCGUCGACGGCGGUGAGCAUGCAACGCCGAAGGUGUGGAACUAGGCCGGGCGGAUGAUACAAAAUCCAAUUACUAAUCAGUGCGUUGCAGCAUCUACCAUCUUCAGGCAAAAGAUGUCGCCAACUACAAGCAAUCAUUUAAGAGUUAACAAAAACAACAAAAACACCCACA